CGAGUUUCGUACUGUUAAUGAUUUCUGUACAACCACACAUCGAAGGAAAUCGAAAACUCGAAAGACAGUACAAAAUCUUGAUUUCAAAGUUUCCAGUGAUCCCACACAUUUCUUUACACACACAAUGACGCUGGGACCGUACACAAAUCUGCGUGUCGACAAACAUGACCGCGUAUAUGUCAUUACGAUGCAAAAGGCUCCAGAGAACCGAAUAAACAUACAAUUCGCGCAAGAGAUGAUACGAGCACUGCGUGACAUCGAAAGAGAACUAGGAUCUGGUUCAGAAGGCUGCGUGAUAACCAGAGGAAAUGACGAGAAGUUUUGGUGUACAGGAUUGGAGUUGGAUGAGUUGGACAGUAACCCUCAUGCAAACACUGAUGGUUUCUUUCCGCUCCUAGCGACCCUCCUCGACUACCCCUUCCCUACCAUUGCCCUCUUAACCGGCCACACGUUCGGCGGCGCGUGUCCCCUCGCUCUCGCUCACGACUACAGAAUCAUGAACUCGCACCGAGGCUUCUUCUCCAUGCCGCCUGUCGAUUUGGGACUGCACUUCCCAGGUAUCGGGUUCCUACCUCGUCUGAAACUUCGGCCGCAGGUUGCGCGCAAGAUGCUGCUGGAGGCGCAUAAGUGGACGGGUAAAGCAGCGCUGGAAGAUGGUAUUGUUGAUGAUAUCGCCGAGCCGGAAGAGAUGUUGCAGAAAGCGUUGGAGAAGGCAAGGAGUGUACAGGGGAAAGCUAAGAUGGGGGUAUAUAGUCUAUUGAGGAACGAGCUUUGGGGCGAGGCGGGCGAAAAGAUACGAGGGAUUUGCUAUGUGCAUGGGAGGGUGGUUACGGCGCCGGCGAAGGCGAAAAUAUGACGAGGAUGGGAAGUUGGCGGAGGAGAAGAAGUUUGGUAUCGCGAACUACUUGGGAGAUUCUGAGUGCAUUUCUCAUUUUCCUUGAUUAUCGUUAUCAUUGACAUCUUCCUUUCCCCUAACAAUCCAGCCGGAUCGAUAACGAUCGUCUAACUGAACUCUGUUGUAUUUUAGAAGUAGUGAUGCGGUUCAGAUUGA